GGGCUAGACCGGGCUAGAGAGUAGCCGCCGGCAUGCUGCUCCCGCUGCUGCUCGCUGCGCUCUGCCUCGCUGCCCGUCCGGCGCCCGCGCGCGCCUGCCAGCUGCCGUCGGAGUGGCGACCCCUGAGCGAGGGCUGCCGCGCAGAGCUGGCCGAGACCAUCGUGUAUGCCAAGGUGCUGGCGCUGCACCCUGAGGUGCCUGGCCUCUACAACUACCUGCCCUGGCAGUACCAAGAUGGAGAGGGAGGGCUCUUCUAUUCAGCCGAGGUGGAGAUGCUGUGUGACCAGGCGUGGGGCAGUAUGCUGGAGGUGCCCGCCGGCUCCAGGCUCAAUCUUACAGGUCUGGGCUACUUCUCCUGUCACUCCCACACGGUGGUUCAGGACUACUCCUAUUUCUUCUUUGUCAGGAUGGAUGAAAAUUACAACCUCUUGCCCCAUGGAGUCAAUUUCCAAGAUGCCAUCUUUCCAGACACACAAGAAAACAGAAGGAUGUUUUCCAGCCUCUUCCAGUUUGCUAACUGUUCCCAAGGGCAGCAGCUGAUGACCUCAAGUGACUGGGAGAUCCAAGAAGACAACAGGCUCAUGUGCUCCUCGGUGCAGAAGGCCCUGUUUGAGGAAGAGGACCACGUCAAGAAGCUGCAGCAGAAGGUGGCCACCCUGGAGAAGCGCAACAGGCAGCUCCGCGAGCGGGUGAAGAAAGUCAAGAGGUCUCUGAGGCAGGCGCGGAAGAACAGCCGCCACCUGGAGCUGGUCAACCAAAAACUCAACGAGAAGCUGGCUGAUGCAGGUGCUCAGCAGCACAUCAACGCUCUGGGCCGGGAGCCCGCGCGCGCCCCCUACCUGCACGGGUAGCAGGUGCAGGUGGAUGCAGGCCUGCCUUGCCUGUCCCAAGGAACUGAGGGUUCUGUAAACGCACUUACUUCAAACAUUAUAGGAGAUACCCAUUAGGCAUUUGGUAGAGUCUAACUGGGUAAAAUGGCAAGUCUUAACUUUCUUUUUCAUUGGGUGCUGACCUUACUGGUUACUCGGCUUCAGACCCUAUGUGUGCCAUGCCCCUUUUCUGUCCUGGUGCCACACAAAUACCUUAAAGCCCAGAGACAGUAGGAUCCCCGAGUUCUGGGACGUCUUGGGUCUGGCCCUUAGUCGCUAGAGAUUCUCUUCACUGUGGAGAGAACAUUCUAGAAGAGAACAUUAAUGAAGAUAUCAGGAGACUGCUUUUAAUUUAAAAGAGAGUCAGUGUCUCAGCAACCAGAGCUGGCACAAGCAUGCAUUCUGAAGAACCACAGUCAUAGAGAACAUUCUGGAAUGUUCUGCUGCUUUUGCUCAUGGGUUUAGAAGCAGGGCACCUACAUGCUAAUGUGGAGGGAUCCGUACUCAGUUAGCAUUUCCCUCAAAGCGAAGCUCAUUAAGACUUAAGGAGUUCAUCACAGGUGAAGUGAGCAGCAAGCUGAGCCAGCUGGUAAUUGGUAAAGGUAAAUUAUAUCAGUUUUCCAACCCCAGCUCCCCAGGGCUGACAUGAUACCUACAGGUUGUUUUAAUCUAAAGAGAGAUGGCUUUUUGUGGACACACCAUGUUUCAUGAUGCUGGGAACUGAACUAGUGUCUUGUGCUUUCCAGGCAAAUCUCUACCACUGAGCGGCACACUCAGCCCUACUAUACUUUUAACCAGAUUUCCUUUGAUGGGCAUUUAAAGAUGUUUUCAACCCCUGUUCCCAAGUUGAAAUUGAGCUCUGACGAUACUGUGGAGUCUUAACUUCGUUUGCUCAGGCUGCCACACUUUUGAGUUCAAGGUCAAUGACCCCAAAACACUGAGACUGUCUACUCUGCAAAUGCAUCUCCCUGCCUGCUGGGAUUUAGUAAGGGCUAUGUUCCCACCCAGGCUCCUAAAGGGCAUUGUCCAGGUAUUCUGACCCAAGCUUCUACGCAAUCCCCCAAGCCCUAUCUGGCAUCACACACAUGCUCUCUGCCCAGGUUCAGGUUCCCCACAAAAGAUCUGUAGAUACCCUGAUAGAAAUACUUGCACAACAGUGCACUUUCUUUUAAACAAUUCUUUAACAAAAAGUUAUCUUUGCAAAGAAAACUUCAAGGCAGUUCAAUAAGAGUGUUCACUGUCCUUACCACUGCCAAGGUUGACCAUGUUUCAGCUGUGUUACUCAUCCCUCUGGACCAAAUGCCCUUCUAUGCUGUCCCAUCAACAGAAAGAAUCCUUUACCUCUACAAUGUCAACCACCCAAAGCCCACUCCAGACACAUGAGGCUGAUAAAAUGCCCAUUACUGUCACACUGGUCCCCUUCUGCUUUUAGGAAGUCCAGACAUCUCUAUGAGAAGUACCUUGUAUUGUAUGAGUAUUGUGCCCUUGGCUGGACUGGACAUGAUGGGAACUCCUAUUCUGGGACCGAUCUUCCUCCACCCUCACCCCUUAGCCCCUCUAGCAGUACUAUUCAGAAUUUGCUACAUAGGAGUGCCUUCUCUUUAAGUCUUCUGGGGAACAUUUAAUUAAAGCAGUUCUGUUGCUUCCCAAGUGAAUGGCAAGCUUGGAGGCAACAGAGCCAGGACUCAGAACUGUGGAAGCCAAGAUGUGCUAUGUUCUGUUUUUCCAAUAAACACGAGCAGUGAUUUUAACAGUG